UGGAUAUCGUGAGCCUUUUGCGCAUGUUCUGUGAUGGAGGGAAUGUAUAAUAAUCUAGAGCAAGCCCUCGGAGUGCUGGUUUGCACCUUCCAGCGCUACGGCCGGAAGGAAGGCAACAGACAUACACUCAGCAGAGGGGAGCUGCUGGACCUAUUGAAAACAGAGCUCCCCAGUCUGAAAACGUUAAAAAUAAAAGAGGGAGCCUUUGAGGAGCUGAUGGCAUUGCUUGAUACCAACAAGGACGGCCAAGUGGACUUUGAGGAGUUCAUCCGAUUCGUGUCGGCAGCUUGCACCUACUUCCACGACUUCUUCAAGGACUCUCCUGCGGUCCGGCCACGAGUGCAGUAAAGCCCAAGCAGCGCCCA